CGUAAACAAACAGCUGAUUUGAAGAAAAUAAAAAUAAUAACAAACGAAAUGUCCUGUGAAAUUUCUGUUAUCGCAAGCAUCAACGAAAUAGAUAAAAUAAGAAAAAUACUCUUUCCCUUAGACAGUCAAAAUGGUACUGACAGCUGGUUACAUUCAUGCAAAGUUUCAGCAUCCUCUGUAGGAGAUUUAAUUGUUAUUGCAAACGAACGGACGAUUGUGGUCCUUACUCCUAAAUGGGAUCCUCAAUCGUCCACAAAUUUGUUUCAAAUAAGUUAUAAAGGAUUAAUUCAUGAUUAUGAUAAAGUUAAAGCUAUUUUAUGCCUAACAAUACCUGGACAAGAUGGAAGUUCGCAUUUAAGUGCUGAUUGGACUUGUAUCGUGAUAGGUUUUGAUUCUGGGUAUGUGAGGUGUUAUACAGAAAAUUGUGAUAUGUUAUUUGAAGAACAAUUUAAUGCCGAAAACAUUGUUACAAUUACAUCUAAAUGUCAAAAAAGUGCUAAGCACAGCAUUCCCCGUCCAGAAGAGAUCUAUAUACAAUACCAAAGUGUUGUUUGUAUAAUUAAUGGACAACAACUGAUUUCCAUUUUAAAAAAUUGCCAUAAUGAUACUCCACCAACUAAUCAAGAUCUUGCAUCUUUAAUGCCAAAAAAAUGGGGUUUUCAGGAACAGUCUCUUAUAAAUGACAGUGCUGUUGUUGGAUUAAAUGUUGCAAACACCUUUGAUCAUUUAUUGAUAGCUUCUACUUGCGGUGGUUUUUAUACAAAGUACAGAGCUAUGCCUCCAAAUAACACUUUAGUAAUAGCAGCCGGCUCAAAACCGUUUUUAGGUUAUCACUAUGCUUUAGAAGGUGGAGGACAGCCUGUUUUAAGUGAUGUAGCUAAGGCUGUGGCUAGCAAGUUGAAGUCUACUCUGCCAACUUGGUUAAUAGGAAACAAAAGUUCACAAGAGAAGCCGAUAUCAUUUUUUGCACAACCCGCUGAUCCCAUGGGUUGCAGAUUUGGUUUGUGCGAUUUAAGGCGAGCUGCCACAGAUAUAAUUUUAUCACCAGAUCAUAAACUAGCAGCAGUUUGCGAUACAUUAGGACGCGUAUUAGUAAUUGAUUGUUUUAAGGGAAUUGUUUUAAAAAUUUUCAAGGGAUAUAGAGAAGGCCAGUGCUCAUUUAUUCAAGUUGCCGAUGAAAGAAAGUCAAAAUCUAGAUUAGAGAAUAAAGUAGCUCAUUUUUUAGUUAUAUAUUCGCCAAAAAAGGGAACUAUCGAAGUGUUUUCGGUUCAACAAGGUUCUAAAAUUGCGGUUUUUUCCGCUUCUAAACACAGUAGGCUUUUAUACGUUAGUUACGGACUUCAAGGUUUUACAACAGCUUCAAAGAGUAAACGUAGUUGCGUCUGCACUACUUUAUUUAUCGACAAUACUGGCCUAAUUAAGGAGUUGUUGAUACCGUUUCAUUUCACACUUUCAGAAAAAAAUAACAAGCGAGCAAAAGAUUUGCAUUUGUAUAAAAAAUUUCGGCAUUUAUUAAAAACUGGCGAUCUCGAAAACGAGAAAAUAUUAAACGAGGCGCUAAAUAUUUGUACCGAACUAAAUACGAACGAUAUCAAAUGUCAAAUAGUAGAAUUUUUAUUAGAUAAUAAAAAUUUGUCUGCAGAGUUUAUCUUGAAUUGUGUUAAUUUUUUCUUAGAAAAUCUAGAUGGUGAAGACAAUAAAAAUUUAAAAAUAUUAUGUCAAAAUACUUCAGUUCUAUUAAAAUUAUUUAUAUUUUUAUCAAAUCCAUGUAAAUCGGAAGAUCGGAAUGCAGAAGAUAACGCUGAAUUCUCUUUCAAUACCGAAGUUAAAGAAAUGGUUAAUCUUCGAAAAUUAUUAAAUUUGAGCAUCAUUAAUGAUAUUGCUAAUAUGUCACAACCACACGUUAAAUUUUCGGACAAUUUAGACUUUUCCGCAUCCAAAUUUGUAUCGGCAUUCGAUUAUUCCACUCCAGAAACGAUUCCUUUGAAACGUAAUUACGAUGAAAAAUUGCUGUUUAAAGUUUCCGAAUUAUUAUUCAAACCAUACAUUGAUGGAAAAUCGCAAAAUUUCACCGAGCUGCAAGAAAAAUUAAAGGAAACGAAAAUCCCUACGAAAAAUUUAUUCGAUCUGCUGUUGAAUUAUUGGGUCAAUAGAUCGCUUAAUUUGAGUAGCAAAUUAGAAGAAGAUAUGAAAAAGUUAUUAACAUUGUUGAAUGUUAUCGUAAAAACGUCGGUAGGGGAAAUUGAAGAAAUCGAAUACAGCGAAAUAUCUGGUUUUUGGUCGUAUAUUAGAAGUAUUUUGAUUGAUUCGUCUAGACCAUUUCCAGCUCUUAUGGCUGCGAUUUUGUGUAAAAUUGCAGCACAAACGUGUAUGAAGGCGACGCAGCUUGAUGAAUCUUCGACUUCUUUAGGCGACAUGGAGGUGCUGACGCAAGAAGAUAUUGAGUGGGGGCUAGUCAUAGGUAAAUUGGAAGAUAUCUCUCUGUUAAACAUAAUUUUGUCAACUAAACCUUUAGCCAAAGAUUGUCCCUUACCAAAGUUGAAAUACGAUAAAGUAGAUGUCAGUUUAAACUACAUAUUACAAAAAGGUAGAGGCUCUGUUAGUGAGCUAGUAGCUCAAUGGCUUACAACAAUAGGUUUCAAUCCAGAAAAUAUAAUUCUAAACGAAUCUUUUAAAAAGUAUGAAGAAGAUUUCGAAAACCAAUCAAAAGAGGUUAAUUUGAAUGACUACAAAGAGGAUAAGGAGGAGGAGCAAAUAUUUGACAGUUUGAAUUUGUUAAAAGAACAAUUUCCAUACAGCCUCGAAGCAAAUUGUUUGUUAACAAACAUGUCUUGGGAAUAUGCUACGGCUUGGCAAAAGGAUAUGCAAGAUCUUAGUUUGUUGAAUGCUUCGAUUAGCUGUUUAAAUAACGUCCAGAAUCUUCAAAUUAAACAAGGACUUUAUCAGCUUCUUUGGAACACCCAUUUGAAAAUCGUUAACGAAAAUGCUUGCAAAUUAAUAAACAAAGUCGGAAAACUUCCUAAAGAAAGGCUAUGCAGGCAAGAUACUGGUCUAACUGAUUAUCAGUUGUCUCUCUUUUUGAGCAUUUCCACAGAUUUUCUGGACGCUUUCAUGGAAACAGUAAACGCAAGUUAUAAUAUCCCAAAAGAAGCAAUCAAGUUUGAAAACAUUUGGGAAAACGAUGGAAAGCCUUUAGUUGAAUUGGCAAUGCAACAGAGAGUUGUUAACUUUGAACUGCUUUUUUUGCAUUACCAGCUCAGUUUGGUUUUGUUGAUGACAACUACUUUUUCAGUAAAACAAUCGAAGCCUAUAAAUAAUUUAUUCGACGCUUCAAUUGUUAAUUUAUUUUUCACCGAUUUGCAGAAAAAGAUACAAGUUUCAUCUAAUAAAUCUGACAUUCGAUUGAAUUCCAACAGAAUUCAAUUUCUUUUUAAAAUUAUACUCGCCAGCAUGGAUAGCAUAACGGCGAACGAAUCUGGAAAAAUAUAUUCAACCGACCACGUUUAUUGGAUGUCAAAAAGUUUAAAUUUAGGAAAAAUUUGGAAUUUGGAUGUCGACAGUUUACGAAGAUAUCAAGUAGUUCAAUUGUAUUCGCGCGGUUUCGAUGUACUAGCCGACGAACUUAUACCGACGGUUAACGAAAGUCAAGAACUCGGAAAAUGUUUGUUAAUAGUGGCUGCUAAAAGGUUGUCGCAAUUUUUGGUGGCUUCUCCGCAACUUAGCGAUAAUAUUUCAGCACUUAGUCCCGCUUUGACGAAAUACAUGCAGUCUUUGGAUGAUGAAUGGUGUGCUUCGACUUCUCUUAAGGAUACCACAAUGCUUACAACGCAUGUAGUCCAUUGCUUGACAGAAGAAGACGACGAAUACAAAUUAGCGAGUGUAUUAUUAGAUGCAUGCAAAACUUUAGAAGAAAUUCAAUCCCAAAAACAAUAAGUAUCAAAAAAAUUGUCUAGUCAGAUAAAAGAAAAAAAUUGAUAUAAUGCGAAACGAUCAGAAUAAAGAAUGGUUGAUUUUGAUACAUGAAAUGAAGCGAAUCUGAGAUAAGAGAAAAUUUGUUAAAAAAAGUAGUAUUUUUUUAAUUUUUAACGGGGUAUAAAUAAUUAGUAGUUCUUUCAAACAGAGUGCCAUUUAGGUAGAAACUUCAGAGCAGUGUUGCCGUGGAGAAAAUAAUUGAUUAUUGCACAGAAUCCUGAAUAAUUUUGUUGGAAUAAUCUAAAGAAUUUGUGCCACGAUUCGAUAGUGCCUCAUUGGCCAGUAGUAUCGUUUGAAUUAUAAAUUCUAUACUAAAUAUAGAACAUUUUAGUUAAUUCACCUAUAUAAUACAAUAAUAGAGAAAAAUGUUUCUAUUAAAAUUUUAUUCAUAAAAUAUUCUAAAUUAACAACAUGUAAAAGUAAGAAAUUACAAUGAAUAGUGAAUACCAGCAAUCCGAAACUGGCCGCAUAGUACAUGUCCAUGCGUUGAGUAUGUAGCAAGCGAUCUUCGGUGAACGCAGGACGGAAUCCUCCUGGAGUGUUGGGGUUAAGUCUGCAGCAUUUAAAAGUCUUUUGACCUUUACCAUGCAUUUACCCAAUACAGUUACCUAUCAUUCGUAAAGCCAUCAUCAACCAACAUAAUGCUGGGCUAGUGUUAAAAGACCAAAAGUAGGCUUUUAUCUCCUAAUUGUCGCAUUCAUUUUCCCUUCAAUUACAUCAAAAUGCCAGCAACAUCACGGCACUUAUUAAUUGUUUGUUGGGAUGUUUGUGAGACAAAGAAUUUUUUAGAUCCUUUUUAAGUUAAUUAUUUUCUAAAUUUAUUAUUUUUUAUAUGAUAAUUAUGUUACAUGUAUUCCAAAUGUUAAAUUUAUAAAGAUUAUUUUU